AUGCAGGGCCAAUAUAUCGGUCCUGCGUCAGGUGUAUCUUUCCUUCUGAGGAUCCAAAAUCGUCUUCGACAGGCUAUUUCAAUCUCGAAGGCAAGCAGCAUAUUUACAUUCGGUGAUGCACCUCUACAGGUUCCGGAAUCUGACCCAUCCUUCUGUAUGAUGCUGCCGAGAGCGGACGCUCAGCGCCUUGUGGAUCGUUAUUUUGAUUUUGCAAUGCCUACUUAUCGGUUCUUGCACAGGCCUACUCUUCAGUCCUAUUUUGAUGAGUUUUAUGAUACACUCGGUAUAAUGGAAGAUACGCAAAACGCGUCCGCAAAGAUUGCCUUGCUCUUUAUGGUCUUUGCCCAGGCAAGAGUAUACAUGCCAGACAACGACCGACCCGGUCCGCCGGAUUUGAGAAAUCGGCCUCCCGAUGCUGUGACUGGGCUAGGUCGUGUCGAAUCAGAAUGUCGUCGGCGGACCUUUUGGUGUGCCUACACAUUAGAUGCCUACCUGAGUGCGGCACUAGGAAGACCUCGCACAUUCCACGAUAAUGACAUCGACAGCGAGCUUCCAGCAUGUGUCGAGGAUGAGGAUCUGAUGAACGAGGGCACCGAUAAUUUUGCAAAUCAUAACAAAGGCCCAUCAGCAAUGCUGGCUGCAAUUGCACAUAUGAAACCAUUCGUAUUGAGUACCCUUGCACGACUCUCGCAAAAUGGCAGAGAUAAUGCUAUGCAGGAGGACGCUCAAACGGGGAAAAAUCUGAAAGAGUGCGUUGACGCUGCAAUGAAUACAGUCAAUACAAUCAGCGAAAUUACGGAAAGCCGACAACUCUUCCGAGCAUUUUGGGUUUGUUUGCAGUGGCACGUGUUUCAAAGUGCUCCGCUAAUUGAAAUUCAGAUCACGGCCUAUUUUGCUUUCAAUGCUACCAUUAUGCUCUAUAUUCAUGUGAUACAACAAUGUGCGUCACCGUCGGAGUUCUACGUCAAAUACUUCUCGGCUGCCUCUCGAUGCCAAUCCCAUAUUGCAGCAAUUGCUGAGAAGGGGUCACUAUCGGAGCGCUAUUGUUUAGUACUCGAGGAACUUCGUGUCGAGGCCAUGCGUCAAAUGAAGCAUGCACACCUAAACGACACGUUGACCUCUUCAAUAGAUGACCAGGAGGCCGGAAAUCUGUUUCAGUGCCAGUUUAAUUCAACAGGACAAAGCCCCGCUGCUUCAUUUAACUUAACAGAGUUUGGUCAAGAUCUCGCGAUAGAUCUAGAUGGUAACAUCCCUGCCCUUCAAUUUCCUAAUUACUCAGGGUGGGAACAGUUCACCUCUUUGCUUUCGUCUGGGUUAGGAAAUAUGGACGGUUUCAUCAGCUACGAUCAAUGA